AUCGUUAAUCGAUAAUUAGAGAGUCAAGCGAGCAGUGAAGUAGGAAGGGACACGAACUAUGGAGAUGACAUGUCGGCGCUUCCCGUUCGUUUUCCAAGACUAUCACCUGAUCAUCACAAAACCGAAGAACAGUAGAAUUCAUCAAGAUGAAGGCAAUGGCAGCCUCCAGCCGUCCGGUACAAAUUUCUCAUGGAACCUGCUUCUUCCCAUUUUCCCGCCAAAUCAACACCUUCUGCCGACCACGGCGGCGUCUCUGCUACACGAACUCCAAAGGGCUGAAAUGGUUCGGAUAUGGAGUUUGUGUAUCGCCACCUAGUUUUGAGGUCGCUGCCGUAGCUGGAGGGAGGGAGAGACCGCAAGUAUCUGCUGCGUGGGAUGAGGGGCCUUAUGAAUUGCUUCCGAAUGGGAAAAUACAGUACCUGGAUGAACAAGAUGUAGUAACCUUUCUAGAUCCGCCUAAGGAGCUCAUACCUUUAGAUCCUACUACUUAUAAUCCAGCCGCAUAUCUUUGGAAAAAGAUUGAAGUUAUUCCUGAGGAAAGACGUCACAAUCUUCUGCACCUUCUAAGCCCUAGGUGUAUAUCAAGGGCUUGGGGAAUAGCUGGCACGAGAUAUGAUGAUCCGAAGUUAGUAAAGAAAAUGGCGUCUAGUUUGCUGCAAAACAAAGAUGGAACGAUGCUUGAAUAUUAUAACUGCAUAAAAAGUGGAGGACAAAUACCCAUUGCUUGGAUUAAUCAUUUCAAGAAGGCAUUAUUUUCUAGCAACGACGGAAAGACAUAUGGGCGGUUUAUUGGCAUGGGAUUGGCUGGAUUUGCAAAUUCCUUCAAUCCAUUGUACUUUGAGGUGAAACAACUUAAAGAAGUAAUGUCAACUGAACAUCCUUGUGACUUGGCAUAUGAAUUUGGAGAUGGGCUCUUUGAUGUUCAUGAAUACCCUGAAGGCUUUCCAGCUUCAGUCAAGCAUCGAUAUCCGUUCAACGAUCAGCUUGUAGUAUAUGUUCGAUUUGUGGGACCUGGAGUAUUAGUUGGCCAGGCAUGGCAAGAAGGAAAAGCUUUAGAGCAGGUGCCACGUAAACUAUGUUCCGAAAUCUUGAUGAUCAAAGACUACAGUCCACGUCCUCUCCAAGAGAAGCAAUAGCCAUAGCCAUAGCCAUAGCCAUAGCCAUAGGGCUUCAUUCAACUCUUCCUUUUGAGAAAAUGAAGUACCAUUACGUUUGUAAUGCUGCAUUGGACACAAAAAUCCUCUGCCUUCUGUGAAGCAUUAUGUUUAUAGGAGGAGAGUGUUCAAGAACAAGGGACGUCAAAGCAGCCUGAUCUACCUAAAGUGCAGGGCUAUAUUCAAUGAAUCCCUUCUUUGAAAUAAAAGAAGAGUUCAUGUCAAGCAAGGGCGCCAUGUUUAGGAGGAAGAUUUCCUUCCUAAGAACAAGUAGAAACAGGGCUUGGAGACAUGACUGAGUGGAAAUGUAAUUGACUUAUCCCCAAUUGUUAGAAGCUAGAACACUUUGCAGUCGUUCAAUUCCACCAUGGAUUUCCCUUUUUCGUUCAGUUUGGGAGAUUUCUUGCCUAUUUUGGAUUGUUCUUGGCUUGCUGGCUGAAAAUCUUUUUGCCAUUUGUGUAGCCGAACUGAAAAUUUGUGUUCUAGUCGACAAAUGCAAAUGUGAAGUAGAAAAAUUUGAACUUCUAACUUCCAGAGAAGAAUUGUAUAUCAAUUAUUGUUGA